UUUAAUUAAAAUGGAGAAUGAUAACUCGUACGACCAGGAUUCCUUUGAAAAAGAGCCCGUCAGGCCUAAGGGCGUUGAAAGAAGGGAUGAAGGAAUGUCCCCAAUAAAUGAUGAGAUGAACAAGCACAGAAAUCCCAACAGCCAAGAAGAAAGUGAUGACUUUAAUGACUACUCCAACGACAAUGAAGAGAUAGAAGAAAUGGUGUCCAUCAACAAUAAUUUGAAAUAAGGAGCUCCAACAGAUCAUCUCUACGGUAGAGUCCCAGUAUACUCGCAUGAAGGAAGAACGAAAACAGAAAAUAGAGCAGCUCAAAAUUAGAGAGGACGAGGAUAAAGAUGUUCGUGCAAAAGAGAUGAAGCUCAGAAUGGCCCAAGGCAAAGUCAAUAAACUUGAGAAAGAGAUCGGAUGGAUGAAGCAACAGAUCAACAAUGCUUAUGAUGUUGAUAACGUCCUAGCACUUGAAAAUGAACUGUCUCACAAUAGACAGGUUAUUAACAAGCUCCUUGGCCAGAAUAAGGGCCUUCUCAGUGUCAAGAAAGGACAAAGCUCAGCUAUGAAGAAGCUUAACCACGAUUCAGACGCGAACAAAAGGCUUGAAACUAUUAAGAAGGAAAUCAUGGAGACCAAGCAAAGCUUAAGAGAGAAGGCAGCCAAGAUUAGGGAGAAGGAGAAACAACUCCAAGAAAAACAAGCUGUCAAGUCCAGCUACGACGAGAGAUACAGAAAGCUACGAAUGAUGCUUCUGAAGCAUAAACAGUCCCAUAAGAAGAAUAAAGAGGAUAAAAUAUUGAUCAACUCAAUGGUCUCACAGAAGCAGAAGGAGGACACUGGGGAAGAUCCUGGCGAACUAGUCCAAGCUAAACUUGAUGAUGAGGCUAAAUAUAUUAAGCUUCACGCUGAUUUCGAGAAAGCUAUUGAGAAAGUAGAGCAGACCCUUGUAGAGAACCAGAUAAAACUUCGAGAUGAAAGCCGCAUUAUCCAACACAAUCAAAGAGUUAAAUAAGCUGAACCAGAUAUAUAAGAAAAAAAAGGAGAGAGAUGAACUCCAGAGACUCAAAGUUGAAGCGAAGCUAAAGAAAUUACAAGAAUCUACUAUUAAAAAGCAGAGAAGACUUGUUGAACAUCCUGGAGAUCACAUAGUGAAAGAAAAGGUCACCUUUGAUGACAAGAUCAGCAAGGCUUCUGAAGACGACAAAACCCAGGAUUUCUACCAAGAUCUGACUGAAGAUGGCGAUGAUGCCAAGAAACUAAGAGUAUCUGCCCAGGAAAAGUUAAAGAACAGCUCUUUCUCACAUCCAAACAAGAAGGAAGAGCCCAGGCCACUUGAAGACCCCCAGCAUUUGUCUAGAGAUAUCAACUUCAACGAGAAAGAACUGGAGCAUAAGUUUACGAAGAACACUUCAAAGAGCAUCUCAAAGACGAAUAAUGGCAUCAAAGAUGCCUUAAACGUUUCAAAGGAUAUCAUGAAUGUCUCUGAAGAUAUCCUCAACAAUAUCCCAAAUCAGCGUGAAAAGCCUAUUGCUAACCAGAGAAAGCCCCAGAAGGAAGACUCUGGGGAGAAAUUUGAGCUGAACUUUAAAGAUGGGCAUGUGCUAACCAAGCCAUUAGGAGGAGAUACCUCCUUCAAGAUAGAAGAUAGCCCAAAUAAGCCUAUCCAGGCUUCUUUGAAGAAGCCUGAUAACAUUGCAGAGCUACCAGCCAGAAGAAGUCAAUUAGCUAAGCCUAAUUUUGGUUUCAAAAAGAAAUAA